AAUGGUGGGCGCGAAUUAGAAUACACCCUGUAGAUGCGUUUACUUUAAAUUGGGGGAGUUUAGAUUUUUAUGCUUUUCCUUCUUUUUCUGUUAUGUUAAAAGCAUUACAGAAGAUAAGAGAUGAUAAAGCAUGUGGUAUUUUAGUCGUUCCAAACUGUCCCUCCCAACCUUGGUAUCCAAUAUUUAUGUCAAUGCUUACAGACAAACAAGAACUUUUUCUCCAACAUCUAAUCUCUUAUUAUCUCCCUGCAGAUCAUUGAGACAUCUUCUGGCAAGGCAUCUUUCCUUGGUUGCAGGAAAAUUAUGCGAUUCAACAUUACGUCAAUACAAUCCUGCUUUAAAAAGUUGGUGGAAUUUUUGUGAAAGAUGGAAACGGAAUCCUUUCCAUGCAGGCAUUGAAGCUAUACAGUACUUAUCUCAACGAUUUGAAAAUGGUGCUUCUUAUGGCACUCUCAACAUGGCAAGAUCAGCAAUAUCACUCAUCAUUCUGGUUAACUCUUCGAACAACCCGAUAUUGACUCGCUUUUUGAAAGGAGUAUUCAAACUAAAACCUACAAGAGCGAAAUAUAAUUCUAUAUGGGACAUUGAAGUAGUACUAAAAUGGACUGAAAAGUUAAAACCGAUAGAUACCUUCGAUUUAAAACAUUUAUCUUACAAAUUAGUUAUUCUACUGGCAUUAGCAACGGCACAUAGAGUUCAGACUUUGGCGUCGAUAAAGAUUAAAGAUAUUUUUUCUUCACAAAAGGGAGUUCAGAUAAGAAUAACAAAGGCAAUUAAAACCUCGAAAGCAGGAGCAGAACAACCAAAUUUCUUUCUACCUUUUUUCAAAGAGACACAUAAAACAUGUGUAGCAAGAGCCAUCAUCCAUUACUUGGCAGCAACCAAAGAUUUGAGAGGAGAUGUCGAAAACUUAUUCAUCACAAUUAUCAUGCAGCAAGCACACAAUCCAUUAGUAGAUGGAUAAAGGAAUGUCUCAGACAAACAGGAGUUAACUUAUGAUACACAGCAUACAGCACGCGACACGCGGCAACUUCGGCAGCUGAUCAGAAAGGAAUAGACAUCAAUAUUAUUUAUAAAACAGCCAGUUGGUCGGAACAGUCUAACGUUUUUGCAAAAUUUAACCAAAGACCAAUCUCUGAUCAGGGUGUGUUUGCGUCAACAAUAUUAGGAAACUAAUAUAAAAAUAAAAAUAAAAUAAAUUUAAAAAAUUAAAUAAAAAAAAUAAAAAAGUAGAAAAUUUUGCUAAAUGCUAAACAUCUACCAAAUGUAAUCACGAAGAACGAGCCCUUGAAAUAUAAUUGUAAAUCAAACGAACUUACAUUCAAGUGAAGUUCGAUUGAAAUUAUAGUAUGAAAGUCUCGUUCGAAGGGAUUACAACCUACCCUUACAAACAUCCUUUCCCUCCCAAAUAUGAAUUUUCUCCUUUUAUUUUUCUACCAACAAGAAAUACAGCUCUGAAAUUUAUGAAGAUGCAAUGACCGUACAGGAGCGUGCAGGCGCGUGUCAUAGAAUAUUUUUACUAUAGACUCUCUAAACUGUGUGACUCAUCCAGGCGGAAGUAGCGGUACUACUAACCCUGUGUUCCGAUAUUCACUGCCAGUACUGAAAAUGUAUAGUAUACGUGACAUAAACUAUAGAUUUGCAGUACUGGCAGUGAAUAUCGGAACACAACCUAAAUGUAAUCCCUUCGAACGAUACUUUCAUAUAAUUUCAAUCGAACUUCACUUAAAGGUAAGUUCGUUUGAUUUACAAUUAUUGCAGUCUACUGUAUUUUCGAUUGAAUCGAUUUCUUCUCGUAUAGAUACAUUAGAAUGAUUUGAAUCACUGGAAUAGUCGAUGUGACUAUAAUCCAUACACUGAGAUUGAAUAAAAGAAUUUUCCGCUUGACACUUUUCAGUGGUUUGCUCUUUACUUGAGAUGGUUGUAUCUAUACUAGCUUCCUUACCAAAAUCGUAAUUUUCAAAAAUUGUUUCGUCCAUACUUUGACGUAAACGUCUGCUUCGUUGCCAUCUCGAUAAUUCAAUAAAUGGUUUCACUCGAGGUUUUAUUUUCGUAAGUAUCUAAAUGCAAAAAUUAAUGAUUGCAUAAAUAGAAAUACUUACUUUUUCUUAUUCU